AUGCUAAAUGUAAAUAUUGCAAUUGUGAAUCAAAUUAAACUAGCUCAAGGCGUAAAUGAAGUCAUUUACGAAACAUUUAAUCUUAUUUUGGUAUCAAGUGCCAAAUUCACUGUUGAACAAGUAGAUUUGAUUAAGAACCCGCCCGUACCUAAUGUGGAACCGGAUGAUUUUCUUUCAAAAAAACCCAGAAAAUUGCCACGAAAAAUUAGAAAGAAAGGGAAAAGAGUCACUCUAAGAUGGGCAAACAAGUUCAUUCAAUUUCGUAGAUAUUAUGAAAGACUUGAAAGAAUCAAUGAUCCAAAGAAACCUAUUCGAGACAUCUCAAAAGCAGCUUCACAAGAAUGGAAAAAAUUAAAAAGAUCGGAACCAAAAAUAAUAGAAUUCUUUGAACUAAUGUCUCUACUUGAUAAAGAGUAUCAAAAAUUUAUUUCCCUCGAAAAAGACGAAGACAUUCAUACAUACAAUAAUUACACAGUUGAUACUGUGCAAGAAACUCAAUUUUUCUACUCAAUAGAAGAAGCUGUACAACAAUUCAACAGAAUGGAAUCGUUACAGGAAAAUCAACUGUAUCAUAAUACUCCUCUAUUUAUUGAUAAUAACAUUAAUAUAGUGGAUAUUGAAAAUAUAAUUAAUGCUGAAAAUUAUAUGCACAACAAUAUCAAUGCUGAUAUCAAUAUAACAAAUAUUAACACAGAAUUUAUGAUGAAUCAACAACCAAUACUAAAUGAACUACCUAAUUUUUUAUAUAAUGGUGUAAAUCCAAUUACCCCCGAUACAAAUCAAUUGGAGGAUCUAAUUAGAUUCUGUGAAGAAAAUCAGAAUUAA